AUGGAUGAUAAGGCUUUUAGGAAGCUCGAAUAUUAUUCCCUUGUUUCCAAAGUCUGUACCGAGCUAAACAAUCAUUUAGGCCUUGAAGACAAGGUUUUAGCCGAGUUUGUCAUUCAUUUGGCAAAGAAAAAUAACACUUUUGAUACCUUUAAAGCCGCCCUUAUCAAACAUGAUGCAGAAUUUUCGGACGCAUUGGUAGCAAGUAUCCUCAGACUUGUGCAAAAAAUGUUGCCCAAAGCUUCUAAGAAGUCAAAGAACUCAAAAGUUGAUUCCUCUAAAAAAGAAGAAACAUUUGAGGAAGGAGCCGAAAGGGCUGACAAUGUUGCCAGAAAGAUGCUAGUUCCUGCGCUUUGUAUUCCAGAUGAAUCCAAGGAAGAGAUUAAUCGCCGAUUACUUACUGAUUCAGAUGAAACCAUGUCUACUGUUGAGUUUCUUAAACCCGAGAACGCCAAUGGUGAAGAAACCAAGGUGAAUGAUGCUGAUGCCGACGCCGCUAAUAUGAUGAAAGACCUUGAGUCUCUUCUUGUUGAUUGCCGUAAAGCAGCAGAGACAUUACAAGAAGAGAAGGAACGUAGUCCUCGUCAGAGAAGGAAUAGAUCACCACAUCGCGAAAGCCUUCAUCGAUCUCGUCGUAAUUCAAGAUCCCCCCGUCGUAGUCGUUCACCAGAUCGCCGCAAACGUCGUCAUGACCGUUCACGAGAUAGAGAUUAUCGUCGAUCUAGGGACGAUCGGAAUAGUAGGCGUCACGAUCGCGACCACUCCAACUCCCCUUCUCAUCGCGAACGCCCCAAGCUCAAGUCUGAGCUGCCUCUCACCCCUGAGGUUGGAAAAAUCUACACUGGCCGCAUCACUUCUAUCCUCGCUUUCGGCGCCAUUGUCCAACUGGAUGGACUUCAAAAACGGUACGAGGGAUUGGUCCACGUCUCACAAAUUCGUCGUGAGGGUCGUGUUGCCAGUGUUAGCGAUGUUCUCAAGCGGCAUCAAAAGGUCUAUGUCAAGUGUCUCUCCUUCACAGGAACAAGAACCAGCUUGAGUAUGAGGGAGGUGGAUCAACAGACAGGUGAAGACCUCAAUCCAUCUUCUAAUAAUGCCAGGUCGGUUAGCAGUAAGGCUCGAAAUGAUGAAGUGAGUAAGCUAGAGGGAAGUAGUGGAUUGAAUGAUGACAACGUGGAUGUAUUCGGUCCCCGCAAUCCUGAUAGACCUUUUGAUGAUCCAUCGUCGUCUUCACUGAUGGGUUUGUAUAAGGAUGUGCUGGAGGAUGAAGGACCCAAGAGAAAGAUUCAACGCAUCAGUUCACCGGAGAGGUGGGAGUACAAACAAAUGAUCAGUGCGGGAGUUAUUGACAAGUCAGAGUUACCUGAAUUCGAUGAGGAGACGGGACUGUUACCGAGGGAUGAUGAAGAGUCUGAUGAGGAUAUUGAAAUUGAAUUGGUGGAAGAGGAACCACCUUUCCUAAAGGGGCACGGUCGUCAUGCUAUGGAGCUCUCUCCAGUUCGAAUCGUGAAGAAUCCCGAUGGAUCCCUUCAACAGGCAGCAAUGAUGCGCCAAGCACUACAAAAAGAGCGUCGAGAAGAGAAGCAGCAAGAACGUCAAAAUCAACUCAGUACAGAACGGGCCACUGCUCACGAACGCAUGGGCAAGGAAUGGCAAGAUCCUAUGGCAGCUUCAUUGGGGAAAGCACCAGCAUUACAGACCAGAACUAGCACAAUGGACCAGUUCAAAGAUGUACCUGAAUGGAAGAAGGCCGUACAUGGUGCAGGUGCUCGAAGCGGAGCUAUAGGCAAAAAGAUCGUCCGUUCUAUCAUUGAACAGCGUCAAUCUCUGCCCAUUUAUAAAUUAAAGGAUGAAUUACUUAAGGCCGUCGAGGAGAACAAGAUUCUCAUUGUUAUCGGCGAGACGGGCAGUGGUAAAACAACUCAGAUCACUCAGUACCUCGCCGAAGUUGGCUAUACCACAACUGGUCGUAUUGGAUGUACUCAGCCUCGUCGUGUGGCCGCAAUGUCUGUUGCCAAAAGAGUAUCGGAAGAAUUUGGCUGCCGCCUGGGUCAGGAGGUGGGCUACACAAUUCGUUUCGAGGACUGCACAACUCCAGAGACCAAGAUCAAAUACAUGACAGAGGGUAUGUUACUGAGAGAGUGUCUUAUCGACCCGGAUCUUUGUCAGUACUCCGUACUCAUGUUGGAUGAGGCUCACGAAAGAACUAUCCACACCGACGUCCUUUUUGGUCUCCUUAAAAAGGCUAUUCAGAAACGGGAUGACUUCAAACUGAUUGUUACCUCGGCCACUCUGGAUUCAGUCAAAUUCUCUCAGUACUUCUUUGAAGCUCCCAUCUUUACAAUUCCUGGGCGUGCCUUCCCUGUGGAGAUCCUCUACAGUCUUGAACCUGAAAAUGACUACCUCGACGCUGCUCUCAAUACCGUUAUGCAGAUUCAUCUCACAGAACCGCCAGGUGAUAUCCUGGUCUUCCUCACUGGUCAAGAGGAGAUUGACUCGGCUUGUGAGAUUCUCUAUGACCGUAUGAAAGCGCUAGGUCCCGACGUUCCCGAACUAAUUAUCCUUCCCGUCUAUGCCGCGCUUCCCUCAGAAAUGCAGUCACGCAUCUUUGAUCCCGCUCCUCCAGGCAGUCGUAAAGUGGUCAUUGCAACUAACAUUGCUGAGACCUCACUCACCAUCGAUGGAAUUUUCUAUGUCAUUGACCCUGGAUUUGUUAAGCAGAAAGUGUACAGCAGUAAAUCUGGCAUGGAUCAGCUUAUUGUUACGCCUAUUUCUCAGGCACAGGCAAAGCAACGCGCUGGAAGAGCUGGUCGAACAGGACCUGGCAAAUGCUACCGUCUCUAUACUGAACGAGCUCAGCGUGAUGAGAUGUUGUCGACUAACGUGCCAGAGAUUCAGCGCACAAAUCUCGCCAGCACUGUUCUUCAACUCAAGGCUAUGGGCAUUAAUGAUCUCCUAUCCUUUGAUUUCAUGGAUCCACCUCCUCUUCAGACACUGGUCGCUGCCAUGGUAACUCUACACGCUCUCUCAGCGUUGGAUGACGAAGGACUGCUCACUCGUCUUGGACGAAGGAUGGCCGAAUUCCCGCUUGAGCCCAUGUUAUCCAAGAUGUUAAUUAUGUCUGUCCAAUUGGCUUGUUCUGAGGAGGUUCUCACCAUCGUCUCUAUGCUUUCAGUUCAGAAUGUCUUCUAUCGUCCUAAGGAGAAAACGGAGUUGGCUGAUCAGCGCAAAGCUAAAUUCCAUCAACCUGAGGGUGACCAUUUAACCUUACUGGCUGUGUACAACGCUUGGAAGAACAACAAGUUCUCUGCACCCUGGUGCUAUGAUAACUUCGUUCAAGCUAGGACUCUUAAACGUGCUCAAGAUGUACGAAAACAACUUCUUGGUAUUAUGGAUAGGCAUAAGUUGGCCGUGCUCUCAUGUGGUCGAAAGACAGCUCUUGUGCAGAAGGCUAUCUUGUCCGGCUUCUUCCGCAAUGCUGCCAAGAAAGAUCCUCAAGAGGGUUAUCGAACACUGGUUGAUCAACAGGUUGUCUACAUUCAUCCCUCCUCGUCUCUUUUCAACCGUCAACCGGACUGGGUUGUAUACCACGAAUUGGUAAUGACCACAAAGGAGUACAUGCGUGAAGUGACCACAAUUGAUCCCAAAUGGUUGGUGGAGUAUGCGCCCAAAUUCUUCAAAUUCGGAGAUACCACCAAACUAUCUAAAGCUAAGAAAUCAAUGCGUAUCGAACCGCUCUACAAUAAACACGAGGAGAAGGACUCCUGGCGUAUUUCUCGCGUACCUCGCAAGUUCCACGUCAAGGUCACUUUCUAA